AUGAGACUUCAUUGAGAAGGCAGGAAGCAGCCGAGAGAAAAGCAGAAAAGAUUUCUGUAUUUUGUUCAGUAUAUCUAAGAACAGAGGAAAGCAGCAGAGGUUUCUGGAUUUUGUUCACUUUAUGUAUAAGGACAGAAUUCAGGGAGAGCUGCUAGAACAGAAACCAAAAGAGGUGGGUGACUACAAAGCAUAGAACACAGGCCACAGACUGUUUUAAAAAACUGGUGAACAUGUGAGAGAAAUAAACACUGGAGAAGAUUCUGUAUGACAAGAUGAUUUGAUUUCUGUAUUAAAUAGAGAAAAAAAAGGCAAGGCGGCACAAGUGGUGGUUAUAAGACACUGAAUAUGCAGUCAAUUCUCUACAAGUGUCAGUGAAAACCUCUCAGAAAAUUCACAGGACAUUGUUGGUUUGCAGCAGACAUCUGCGGCUUGCUGAUAUCCUCAAAGUUUGGGAGUAUGGAUUGUUGACAGAGAAACAAGUGACACAAUAAAAUCUGUUACAGUAACUUCUGUCUGCCAUGUCAAAGUCAGGAAAGUUAUGACAUCUGUAGUUAUUUAAUAAGGAACUAACUUAAGGAGCAGGUAUUGAGUGAUUCAGGAAAUUUAUGGAAACCGAAAGAAACUGUUGAUCUGCUAUACCCAAUAUAGACACUGCACAUAUAUUCUCAGAUAUUGGAGUAUAACUAAUUAAAAAGCAUAGAGCUCGCCAGCUUGUUGAUCUAAAUUGCAUAAAAAAAUGGAACUGAAUGAAAAGACAAAGAUUUUAGAGGAGCCUUCCACAGGGGCAAACACCCCUACAGAGGUUACCAGUGACACCUACCAGCUAAUUGAUGCACAAGAUGGCGCUGGUGAGGACAGGGUCAAGAGGAGCACACUUCCAAUGGCCACAUUUAAUUUUAUCAAUUCUAUUAUUGGAUCUGGGAUAAUAGGUAUGCCUUAUGCAUUGAAGCAGGCAGGAGUUGGUCUUGGGAUCAUCUUGAUUAUACUUGUUGCUAUAAUAACAGAUUAUUCAGUGAUGUUGCUUAUUCAUGGAGGACAGAUCUCAAACACAAACAGUUACCAGGGUUUGGUGCAAUCUGCCUUUGGAAGACCUGGUUUCUUCAUCUUGACUAUAAUGCAGUUCCUGUACCCUUUUAUUGCAAUGAUCAGUUACAAUGUCAUCAUAGGUGAUACAAUAACUAAGGUCAUGCUCAGGUUUUUUGGAUAUUACAUUUCUGGCACAAUAGUGGGAACACGGCAUUUUGUCAUCGUUGUGGUUACCUUACUUGUAUUGCUACCAGUGUCUUUAUAUAGGGAUAUAGCUAAACUGGCUGUGGCUUCACUGACAGCCAUGGCAUUUGUAGUAUUUAUUUUAGUGGCUAUGAUUAUUCGUAUAGAUAUGAGCAGUGAUAUCCCAAUAACAGAAGAUUCUUGGCAGUUUGCAAACUAUAAUUUCACUCAAGCUAUAGGUGUCAUGGCCUUUGCAUAUAUGUGUCUUCACAAUUCUUUCCUCAUCUACGAUUCACUGGAGGAUCCCACGUGGCACAAAUGGCACAUUGUGACCCACGCCAGCAUGCUGACCUCCAUGGUUCUCAUGGUGAUACUGGGCAUUGUGGGAUAUGCUACUUUUACCUCGUUCACGCAGGGUGAUGUCCUAGAAAAUUACUGUGAGAAAGACGACCUGAUCAAUGCGGCCAGGUUGGCAUUUGCGGUCACCAUUAUGUUGACGUAUCCUGUGGAGUGCUUUGUGACCAGAGAGGUGUUGGAGCAUUCAGUAUUUGCCCACUAUCAGCCAAGAACAUUGUGGAGACACUCCCUGGUCACUGUUAUCAUUGUCUGCCUUGCUAUGGGAUUCUCCAUGGCAACAGACUGCCUAGGGGUGGUUUUAGAAUUAAAUGGGGUGCUAGCAGCUGCUCCACUUGCCUUCAUCAUCCCCCCUGCAUGUGUUAUGAAGCUCCAACAUGAGCCAGUUCUUUGUAUUAAGAACAUCCCCAUGUUACUGACCACAACUUUCGGGAUAUUUGUCAUGGGCACUGGGACAGCGAUGGUCAUCAAGGAAAUGGUCAACGGGUACAGCUGUAGCCAUGGAGAAAAGUUGGCCUACUGCCAGGCAGAAAAUAUGACUGGUUUAUUUACAAAUCAGAGUGUAUUAACUACAACAUUGAGAGUAUAG